AUGUCGCGAAAAGUCCAGGCUGAAAUCGAACGGGUGUUCAAAAAGGUUGCCGAGGGGAUCGAGGAGUUUGAGGACUGUUAUGAUAAGGUUUUGAAUGCGUCGAAUGCCAGCCAAAAGGAGAAGUAUGAGACAGACUUGAAGAAGGAGAUCAAGAAACUGCAGCGGCUGCGGGACCAGAUUAAAACAUGGAUCCAGAGCAACGAGAUCAAGGACAAGCAGGACCUGCUUCACCACCGGAAACUCAUCGAAAAGCAGAUGGAGAAGUUUAAAGCGAUUGAGAAGGAGAUGAAGACGAAGGCGUACUCUAAAGAGGGCUUGUUGCAAUCGACAAAGCUAGACCCCAAGGAGAAGGAGAAACUAGACUUGUGUAACUGGUUGGUCGACUCUGUUGACGCGCUAUCGACACAAAUUGACGUUUUAGAAGCAACUGCCGAGACCAUCGAGGGGUCCUUGGGAAAGAAGCGGCGCGACGCGGGCAAGGUCGACCGGUUGACCGAGUUGCAUGAGCGUGUCGAGCGCCACAAGCACCACAUUUGGUGCUUGGAACGGAUACAGCGGCUACUGGAGAACGAGAGCUUAUCGACAGAACAGGUUCAGCGGAUCCAGGAGGAUGUAAAUUAUUAUGUGGAGCAGAAUGAGGAUGAGGAGUUUGUCGAGGAUGAGUUCAUUUACGACGAGUUACCGCUGAAUGACGACGACGCGUUGUUUGCAAUACCCGGCGAUGAUGACUCGUCCCGCAGCGGAUCUCGAAGCGGCAGCGGCAGCGAUGACGAUGAUGACGAUGACGAAGGCGACUCUAAUAGCUUCAUGGGCGACAGAGACACGCUAUCCCAAACGUCAACCGCUGAGCCGCCGACAACAGCGAGUGCUGCCCCUACGUCCGCUGUUUCGAGCGUGCCGCGGGCCAGCACAUCGCCCGUUGGCACAAAGCGGGCACCGGCCGAUGACCAGUCGCGAGCACCGAUGCAGCGGCCAAAGUACUUUACGUUGUUCCAGGACAGCGAAGUGCCCGACGCGUUUGCUGACCUGAUGGCGACUUUUAUGAAGGCGAAGUACCAGUUUUCGGCGAAGAAGGAGGCUGCGUACAACGCGCAGCGCCAGAUGGUCGACCUGAGCUUGCGAGGGAUCCCGAGUUUGCUCGACCAGGAGCGACCCAAGCUCCACGCACAGCCGCCGACGAGCACGCCAAGCUACUACCCGCAGACACCGCUGCCGGUGAUCGAGCACCCCGGCAUGGCGUCGCACCUUGAGCUGGACACGCUGUUCUUUGCGUUUUACUACCAGCCCAACACGUACCAGCAGUACUUGGCGGCCAAGGAGCUCAACCGGCAGUCGUGGCGGUUCCAUAAAAAAUACCUGACCUGGUUCCAGCGCUUUGAGGAGCCUAGCGACAUCACAGACGACUACGAGCAGGGCACGUACAUCUACUUUGACUAUGAGGGCGCGUGGUGCCAGCGCAGGAAGACAGAGUUCCGCUUUGAGUACCAGUACUUGGAGGACACUGAGCUUGUGUGA